CUUUCCCUUAGGGUCAGUCCACACGAGCAGAUUCGGGGAGAAUUAGUCGUCUGGUGACUAAUUGCCUCUUCUUCUGGGUGACAAUCUCCCCGAACUGCCUUCAUGUGUCUUCCCGUAAGCUAAAGCACAUGCAGCGUUUCGUUUUCUGAAGUUGCCCGAAGUUUCCUCGUGAGGCAGCUGAACUGUUGAGCACCUGACACACUUUUUGUGUUCGAACUGAAGCAUGCCCAUUGCCUGAGCAAUGUGUCAUUAUUCUGGUGGUGAGACAAUCCUAUUUUUUAAUUCAAGAGGUUUUUGUAGACUCAAUGUAUGGAGAACCAAAUGAAGGAUUGAUGAGAUGAUCUAAUACGGAAGUGUCCUAUAAUAGAUCUCAUACCUGUUCCCCACACUGGUAAUUUACGUUUUAUUGCCCGCUAGUGAUUUCACUAUCAAGGCUAGAGCUGCAUUUCUUUUUAUUUCCAGCACCUUUGUUUCCAAAGCAAGUAUAGUCCCGGUGCUGCCUCUACACACGUCUGUUAUCUCCCGACAAGCCCCGCCCCGACUACACUUGCUCCUCACAAACCUGAGCAGCUUAUUUCUAAGGGGUUUAGGAAGAUACAAUGAAAAGUUGCCCGGAGACAUGAUGAGAAUUGAUAGUGACUGAGGCACAGGGCAAAGACAGGCGGCGGAAAGAUAAUAACUAGCGCUGAGGAAAUUCGGGGAGGGGGUUGGGGGAGACAAUUAUAAAGCAGUGAGAGACCCCAGGCAGCGCUUGUUACUCAGCAGCGAGGGGAGACUGGACUGCUCGGAGCCGCACACAAUCAGGGUACAGAGGCUGCUGCUGCUGUUGAUUCUCGUAGCCACGGCUUCAAAAUGGCUUCUGCCACCGAAUCUAGGUAUGGUUACAGAGAUGUUUCAGACCAGAACUUUGAUUAUAUGUUCAAAUUGUUGAUAAUUGGGAACAGCAGCGUGGGGAAGACCUCGUUCCUUUUCCGCUAUGCUGAUGACACCUUCACAUCUGCAUUUGUAAGCACGGUCGGCAUAGACUUCAAGGUGAAAACAGUGUAUCGAAAUGACAAGAGGGUGAAACUGCAAAUCUGGGAUACAGCUGGACAAGAGAGGUACCGGACCAUCACAACUGCUUAUUACAGAGGCGCAAUGGGCUUUAUUUUGAUGUAUGAUAUUACCAGCGAAGGUUCCUUUAAUGCUGUACAGGAUUGGGCCACCCAGAUUAAAACAUACUCCUGGGACAAUGCACAGGUCAUUUUGGUGGGAAAUAAAUGUGACAUGGAAGAGGAAAGGAUUAUCGCUCCAGAAAAAGGAAAGCACCUUGCUGAUCAUCUGGGCUUUCAGUUCUUUGAAGCUAGUGCUAAGGAGAACAUUCAGGUGAAGCAAGUGUUUGAGCGCCUGGUGGACAUAAUCUGUGACAAAAUGUCAGAAAGCCUGGAUACAGAUCAUCCUCCCGGAGGGAAAAACUUGCGUUUUACAGACACUGCUCCACCUGUACAUCAGAAGUGUUCUUGCUGAUCUGGGGCCACAUACCCCACAUACAAAGUUACAGUUGUGGCAAAUGACUGACAGUACCAGAUUUGGUCAGAUACACUCAGCCUUCUUUUGGGCGUAGUUGUCAAUGAAGCAGUUGUUACUAUAUAUAGCUUCUUCCAAUGCAUCCCACUUUAUUAGUACUUGGAUUUUAGAUAAGGGAGGGCUAGAAAUAGUUUUUAAACAUAAAAUAUCUUCCAGGUUAAACUUGUACUUUCCAUGGCAAGGAGCCUAAAACAUAUUAAGGGAAAUGCCAUAUUUCCCCAGGCAAGUCUACUUCUGCUAAACAAAUACUGGGUCUCAGCAGCACUGACUUGCUUUGUGUGCGAAGAGCUUGCUUGUUUUUCUUCUUAACCCCUGCUUAGUUUAGGCUACAUAAUACCCUACCGCAAAGAGUCAGUAAAAAAUUGGUGUGAUCACUUUUUACACCAUUUUUUACAGCACAGCUUCUUUGCUGUUUGAAUUGAUAUUCGGUGGGUUAGGACAGGUCUGACAGUGUUGGCAGUAAAAACAAUCAGCAUGUUUAUAAAUAGAGUUUACCUAGUUUUAAUGGAUAAUUACUGUAAUUAUGAUUUAUAUAAUACUGGGUGUCCGAAAUACAGCUGCAUUUUUAAACUCUGAAAAUGAAUAUGGCCUGAAAUGUCUUAUAUAAUAUAUUUAGCUUAAUGCACUAACUUAAAUGGUCAGCAUCUCAAUAACAGUAAUGUUUCAGUGCACAGGAUCUUCACAUCUUGGAUUUUGUUAGGAGUCAGCGACACUGCUCAUGCUCAGUGUGCUCUGGGGAGCUGUCGAGGCUAUACUUGGGUUUUUCAGAAAUCAUCAAGCAAAAAAUAGGUUUCCCUCACAUAAACUGUCAUAGAAACUGAUAAUGCAGAGCUGAUUGUUAAAUUCUGAUGCAAAUUACAGUUGCUUCUGAUCUGCUGUGUAAUGAGAACCUGAAUUAAUUACUAAUCAGCCUUGUAUCAUUAUUUUUAUAUUUACAUUAUAUUUUGAGUUGGUCCCUAAAUUCAGAUAACGGACAAGUGGCAUAGAGCAUGUGCUGGGAAUUAAUAGAAAAGAAGAUGGGGAGCUACUGGGGGCAUAUUUGGAGGCACCAAUCUUCACUGCUAAUGCGGUUGUGGUACACUGUCUACGGCUGGACACAAUGUGCAACAUCUUUCUUCUUUAGUUAAGACUGGGCUCCCAAGACACAGGGAAAAGUCAGGUGGGUCCCGUGGCACAGCUGACCCAGGCCCACUCCCCCAAGUCAGUACACGUGGGCACUGGCCCUCAUCCCCCCGCCCCGAUUGUGGCUGCAAGUAGGAAGUGUGGUUCAUGUUGUGCAGGGAGGGGUGAGGUGGCUGGUACCAUAGGGAGGAGCUUCAGCUAACAACCGGGGUGGGGGGCCCCCCGGACACCCCAGUCCAACACUGAAUAUAAUUGCUUACCUGAUACCCUGGGCCAGUGCUUCUGUUCUGUAAAAACGGCACCAGGGCAUUUCUGCAGAAGAUCCUAACUGCUAUCUUCUUCAGCCCCUUCCCUCUUCUUUUAGGCCCAAUCCAGACAGGCACAUGCGCAGUGGAGUGAAAACUGAACUUAGAUAUUAAAAGCUGUCUUUUUCGCUUUACUGCACAUGCAUCUGCCUGGGGGAAAAAUAGAGGAGGAAAAAAGAUCAGUCCUAAUCAUCUUCUAAAGAAAUACCCCAGGCCAAUGCUCCUGGGCUGGUGCAGGAACACCAGCCCAGGGUAUCAGGUAGGUUAUUUAUAAUCACUGAGGGUGUCUAAAGGUGGCCAUACACAAUAAGAUCUGCUUGUUUGGCUAUUAGGAUCUUUCCCUGAAAUGCCCACCAAGGCAGGGCAAUAUUGGGUUAUUAUAGUGAAGGAAAUGGGCGCCGACUGAACACAUAGAAAAAUCAAACCUCCCUGAUAGUUAUCUGGACGAUUUUUGGCCUGAGAUCGAUCGGGGAGACCCGUCGGAAGCCCCUAUACACAGGCAGAUAAG